GUUCGCUUGUUCGUCCAAGAACAUUGAUAGGGAUUGCAAACCCUUUUUCUUGUUUUUCGUCGUCCUGUGUGGUUCGUUUUCUGUUGUGGUAUGAUUUGAAAACUACUUUCACCUUCACUAGCGACCGUGCUACUUACGGCAGCGCCAUGACAUAAUGAGGGCCACUAUGACCGCCCGUAGACCGGGGCGGUCCAGGAUCGCAGUGCGGCUCCGCUGGGUCUUGGUGCUUCCCGUAGUUGUACCUCUCGCCCUCGGGAAGAAGAACCUGUUGCUCAAGAAAAACACACAGAGGGUCGACGAAAAAGAUUUGCCGCAGGAUUUCUUCACUUUCGAAACCCCAGCGCCACCAGCCCCACCAAGCGGACCUUUCCCGUACGUUUUCUGGGCCACCACACCGGCGCCACCCGCCGACCCCCCACCGCCAAAAUGGGAGAACUGCUACGGCUGCGACUGCCUCGUCGUGCAUGCGGCGAGCAUGAUCGCUGGCGGGACGAUCGACAAUUCCUUCACGUGCAUCGGCGGUGCUCCCACACACUCCGUCCCCGCCCUCUCGUGGGAAGGCAUGCCGGCGAACAGCGGACUGGGGCACCCGAUUCUGAAAAAGGGUCGCGAAGCUUGCCCCAAGGCACUAUCCGUCGCAAUCGUGGUGGAGGACAUGGAUUAUCCGAACGGGGUUGGGGAGCAAACCAACAAAAUCUUCAACCAUUUCUGGGCGGUCAAUAUACCGGGGGAUUGGAGUAGCUUCGACGAUAGCAACUUCGCGAGUGUGUACCGUAACCAGAAGCUGGUCUUCAUCGGCAAAAACUCCGCCGGCAAGCGCGACUUCGCUUUGAUUUGUCCGAAAAAAGGCACGCACCGCUACCGUUUUACGGUGUGGGCGCUGCGCGAUUAUUUGUCCAGCGGGGAUUCGCCCAUGGAUCCGGAGGUGUCGUACGCCAAGGUUCUGCCGCGAUUAGACGAGCUGGAGCUCGCGAAGGUGGUGCUGUAUGCAAAUGUGAAGGCGGAUCCGACAGCGCUGGCGGGAAAGUGAGCAUGGAUUGUACAACAUCAUUCACAUUGUAACGUUGAUGCACAGCAGGUUUCUACUCUUUUCCGAUGUUUGUAGUUUUGACUGUUUUGCUACACUUGAAAUGUUUUCUGAUGAUCAAUCUUUUCUGAGUAAGUGC